UACUACCAAGGACACGCUUCCCUUAGCUAAUUGUUUGAUCGCUGUUUCAGCAAUAGGAAAAACCAUCUAAUACUAUUCAAAAGGAGUCUCAAUGGCAACUCAGUCUCAACGUAUGUAUGUUGGAGGUUUCGAUGAGAAGCCUACAAGUAUUCCCGAUUAUAGGCGACCCACAACGCAUUUUACGAAUUUGCAGAAGAGAAUGCGCCUUGAAAAAGCAAAAGAUGAAAGAGCAGGAGGGUGUGACAAGGCUGGAUUGAAAUCUCCAUCAUUUCUCCAGAAGAAGAGGGAGUGCAUUGAAAAAACGAAAGAUGAAGGAGGAAGAGGGGGUGAUAAGGCUGGAGCGCAAUUUUCAUCACCUUUGCAGGAUCAGAAGAACUGUCAGGAUAUUCCUGGGAAAGGCGUUGAUGGCAAAAUUGAAGACAAUUCUGAUCCCGAGGAUUCAUGGUCUAGUGAUGAAGGGGAAGGAAUAAGUGUGGAGGAAUUAAAGCAAACCGAAGGAUAUCAACUGUUUAGGGAGGCCUUACAAGCACACGCAAAGAACUCAGCCAAGUCUGUCUAAGCAGCGCGCUGUUUUCACUUAUGUAAGAGUGAUACACAUAAAACUAAUUGCUUGAGGCUAGGUUAUUUUCACUCUUUAAUUCAAUUGAUUGAUACCGCUUUGAUGUUAUAUGAUAUUUUGAUACUGCUGUGAUAUUAUAUCAAUCCGUAUAUCAAUCAAUCCUUUUUUAACAACAUUUUUUUCUAUGAACUGAUGUCAGAUGAGUUUGAUUCAGAAGAGUUAAUAAGUAUAAAGAUAAGAAUCAGAGUUUUAGAAUUUAGACCCAAUUCAUCAAUUAUUAUUUCAAGCAUUUUUUAUGAAAAAGCUCUUUUUAACGUUUGUGAAUAUAUGAAAAUCAUAUAAGCUGUUUUUACAAAGAACUGGUCCAUGCCUAGAUUGCCGCGUAUAUCGAGCACUUGCGAAGUUUAGAGAGCACGAGAGAAGCGUAGGAGUAGCUCAACGCGCAGCCGAAAGCAACUCUACCUUCCUGAGUGCUCUCCAAACUCCCCAAGUGCAUCCAAGACUCGAUAUGCACACAGCUAAAGGCAUGGACCAUAGCAUGCAUGCACGGCUGUGCCGUACACAAGGAUUUUUACCAUGGUAGCUCCUUAGGAAAUAGGUACGCCUUGCGCGCGCGCUAUAUUAUUAUGACUGGCUUUUUUAAUACACACUUAUGUCUAUUGAUAAAAAAGAGAAAUUAUUUUACCGUUGCAAUGGAAUAUAUUGGUCUCCCUCGCCAUUUUAAAUCAAAGGAAUCUUUCACUGUUUUCUUAAAAGACACAAAAGAUUUUUUACUUAAUUAGAUGAUCCAUUUUUUAUGAACAGAUGUACAGUAUUUCGAUAUUUAAAUUUUUUAUAUAUUUUGACUUUUAGACUUUUUGCAUUUUUACUUAUGUAUUUUUAUAAAGAUGUAGUUUGCUGAAUUUAAUAAAUGAACGUACAUUUUUUAUG